ACAAAGUCGGUCAUGCCCAAAAUCGUUAACGCGUGUCUCUACUUUUGCUUGCAAUUUGCAACCAUUUUCGGAAACCAAUGUGGACAGAAAGAUUACAUCGUUACAUCGGGUGGUCCAUCACUGUUCCCACAUGAGAUAAUAUCAAGACACAACAUCAUCUCUUCGGUUGUCGUGUUAGAAUGUUAUACUUACUGCAAAGACGAAGCUCAGUGUGUUGGAUUCAAUUACAGAACAACAAAAGAUGUUGAAAAUUGUCAACUGACCAAUGUAACCAAUAUCAGUAACGAAUUGAAAGGAGAUUGGAUUUUGAUGUAUGACGUUGAAGCGACAAAGAGAAAGGAAGAUGAAACAAAGAGGAAUUCAGAUACCGGGAUUUCAAUAAAGAAUGUUCCACCUACAACUUCAUAUCAACAAGCAGUUUCAAUAUGCACGUCCUAUGGCAAUCAACUCUGUAACUCUAAAGAUAUAUGUAAAGACGGUAAAACUCCCACUGGUGGAACUAUACAAGGAGAUCAUUGGGUGCCUGUCAAAGAUAGUGACAACGAAUGGUUACAACUGGGUAACUCGCCGCACAAACCAUGCAUUCUUCACUCUCAGUUUGGUUAUGAACCGUCCUGGGGAAGAGGUACAAAAAGCUGGGGUUUUAGAGGAUAUCUUUUCUGUUGUGACUGAUAUGGUUAUACGCAGUUUUUCAUUUAAUAUAAUAAAAAAUACUUUUACCUGAUGAUAAUAUAAGUUCCAAUAUAACCAGGGAGCAGCGUGGCAGCGUCUUCAAGCAAUUUAACAUCAAGUGUGGUAUAACUGCCAAAAAUUGGUAAAACACUUUUCAACUUGAGGGCUUUCGUCAGGAGAGUUAGUAUGAAAAUAAAUAGGGGAGAAUAUUUUGUAUGGGGGCAAAACACGUGAUAAAAAUGGGCCAAUAGAAAACAAAAAAUGAAAACAAAUUGAUUGUAAUUGAUUGACAAAACAAAGCUUGUUGUAAUACCUUUUCGUUGCUGAUCAGGC